GGUAAUCCUCCAGAAUCACGAUCGUAGUUUAAUUUUUGCUAAAUUACUCUCCAGUUGUCUGGGUACACAUAUUCCCUCACAAAACACACAGACACCUUUGUUUAUACAAUGUUCUUCCUUUUUUGUAUCUACCGUUCCCUCGGGUGUGCAUUUUUAAAAGUAUUCUACGUACAUUCUAACCGAAAUCUCGACGCGUCCUCCCUCUCCCGGCAAAAAGUUCAAAUAAGUUGCAAGGACCCUCGGCAGAUGUUCUCAUCUAGGUAGAAAUUGUUGAAACGUAACAGAGGUAGCAUUUCGUUAGGAAUAGCAGUGGUGUUUCUGGAGGAAAUUGCUGGCAUUCUACUGUAAAUAUUUGAACUCCUGCCGUUUAUUUAUCUUUGGAUAAAAGAAGUAAUCCGCCGUAAUGCAUCGCCAAUGCUCGUGGGGCACGAUUCCCGCGAAAAUGGAAUUUAGAGAAUUUCAUAAAUGUACAAAACAAUUUCAUAAUACAGCCGUCACUGGCCGGUGUUGUGCACAUGCACGAGUAGCCCGAGAGUGUACUCGGUGGUGUUUUCACGGAAAUGGAUCAAGCGUUCCAAUGAAUUUUCACGAGGCGAGGGUUAGCGGAUUAACGCUUUCUGCGCUCGGAGUUGCGCAGAGGAUGUCUGACGCAAAACUGGGUUGUACUACUUCGCUCGGGUCUGGCUGCAGCCGCAAGACUGGCUAAGGUGCAACUUGCAUAAUACAUGGAUGAACAGAAGCGGGCUUGUAACCUGGCUAACAGCGGAAGUUUCUCUUGUUAAAAGAAUGAUAAACUUUCCUGAUACAAAAGAGUAUGAUUUUGUUCUCACCCUCCAGGAGAUAAAUUAAUUUGUUGAGGUUAGAUGAUUCCUUUUACCCAUUCUUGACGGUCAAAUGAUUUUCAUUAUACUUUAUCAUUUAUAGAUCUGAAAUAAUGAUGCAAGGAUUUAAAAAGAAACGGACGUUACAUUGAACAUAAUGGGGUCCUUUGAUUUUACUGUUUUGAAUUUUAAGACUCAAAUUUAAAAGAGUGAUUUUAUGAGAGAUGCAGCAGCAGAGCCAUCUACAGAGCAAUCUCGAAAACAGAUACAAAUGAUGCAUUGGAAGCAUCAAAUAAGGUAGAUUCGCAAGAACCGUGAUACCUUCUCCUAAGGGAAUCGGUAAAUGAAAGCGGCCGAUGGAAUCUCCUGUCGAAUGACGUUUGCAAUUAAUCGGGUUACUAGGGUCGUUGAGCCCACCCGCUGCCCUUAAUUCAAACCUUCUAUUGGAUCAUUGGAAUCUGUUUGCUGCGUCUGAUUUGUUCGAUAAUUAAAUCUAGUGCCACUGCGAAAUGAAUGUUUUCCAAAAUAAUUCUCCUCGGUUAUUCGUUGUAACGAAUAACCGAAACAACUUUCAUUUUCAUUAUAUUUAUAUGAAAUUUGAUAUGUCUGUACUUAUGAGUUUACAGUAUUUACAUAUUUAUAAGUUGAUAUACUGUGAUUAUUUAUAAAUUUGUAAACUGUAGAAGUAUGUUUAAGUUCUUACUACAUGUGCCUUUGAAGAAUUCUAAAUGAAAGAAGGCCAUAUAGCGAGACUCUGUGAAACUUCAAACAACUAUGUGAAGAGUAGAAGGAACCUUGAAAGAGUAUUUUCUGAAGUUUGUACGUCUAAGAAAAGUUUCAAGAAUGAAUUCUGCUCCGUAGGAAUACGUGAAUCGAUACCAUGGACAGAAGAUGGGAUCCCUGGAGCCGCACGUGUUCGCCCUGGCGGAAGCGGCAUACAGGUCCCUCCAGGACACCGAAAGCAAUCAGUCUUGCGUUAUAUCAGGAGAAAGUGGUGCGGGCAAGACCGAAACCACCAAGUUCAUCCUGCAGUACCUUUGCUCGGUGACCAGCAACGUCGACACGUGGGUUGAACAACAAAUUCUGGAGGCGAACACCAUUCUCGAAGCUUUCGGUAACGCGAAGACGGUGAGAAACGACAACAGUUCCCGGUUCGGCAAGUUCAUGCAGGUGUGCUUCGACAGCAAGUGGAUGAUCAAAGGGUGCAUCAUUCAGGACUACUUGCUGGAACAGAGCCGUAUCACCUUCCAAAGUGCAGGGGAGAGAAACUACCACGUGUUCUAUCAGCUGGUCGAGGCCGGCACGAGGGACAAAGAAUUCGCCGAGCAGUAUAAAUUGAAGCCAGCCAGUCACUACAAGUAUCUCAAUCAGUCUGGAUGCGUCAAGAUCGAUGGGAUCUCUAAUUCCAAGAAGUUGGACGCUCUUAGGCUUGCGUUUAACGUGCUUCAAGUUGCGCCAGAAAUGUGCGAGGGUAUUUUCAGAGUGCUGUCUGCUAUUCUUUGGCUGGGCAAUUUAAACUUCGAAGACGUGGAUGGCGAGAGAUGCGAGCUAAGUAAAGAGGACCUUGACAUCGUCGGUACAGUGGCUCCUUUGCUCGGCCUGCAGGUCGAAGAUCUGACGAAAGUGGUGUUGAUACGACAGAUAAACGUUCGCGGUAACAUCACGGAGAUACCUUUGAAGGUACAGGAAGCCAGAGAAAAUAGGCACGCGAUGGCAAAAGCACUGUACUCGAGAACGUUCGCCUGGUUAAUCAACCACAUAAACAACUGCACGAAUCCUGGCCAGGACAGCUCGAGGUUCCUCGGUGUGCUCGAUAUAUUUGGCUUCGAGAACUUUGCGGUGAACAGCUUCGAGCAACUGUGUAUCAAUUACACGAAUGAGAAGCUGCACAAGUUUUUCAAUCACUACGUAUUCGCUUUGGAACAGGAGCUUUACCGACAGGAAGAGAUCCAAUACUCCCAUAUCACCUUCACGGACAACACCAUGUGCCUGGAACUAAUCGAGAAACCUCCACGAUGUGUUCUUAAAUUACUGACCGAGCAGUGCCAUAUGCCGAAAGGCUCCGACCUAGCUUACCUGACCAAUUUGCACGCGGAAUUCGAGAACCACCCGUGCUACGUGAAGGGUGACGAUCGCCGUAAAUGGGAGAAGGAAUUCGGAGUCAAGCAUUACGCUGGCUGUGUCACUUACACCGUCGAGGGUUUCGUGGACAAAAAUCGUGAUGUCCAGCAAGACGUGUUCUUCGAUUUUAUGUCUAGAAGUACGAACGAGUUCGUGCAGGAGAUCACGGUUUAUCAAGAUCUUUUGGGUUGCACGGUGGCUCGUGCGAGCGGAAAUGCGACGACGAUGUCGCGCGGAACAUCCAAAGGCAAGCCGACACUCUGUGAUUCCUUCAGACACCAACUGCAAGCUUUGGUAGACGUUCUCCAAGCCACAACCCCUUGGUACGCGAGGUGUAUCAAGCCCAACAUGCAGAAGGUGGCGAAUCAUUACGACGAGAAGUUGGUUCUUGAUCAGUUGAAGUAUCUGGGCAUGUUGGACAUCAUUCGAAUAAGAAAGGAAGGCUUUCCUAUACACAUGUCCUUCCACGACUUUAUUGCGAGAUAUCGGUGCUUGGAUAAGGCGCGUUUGUCUUGCGUUGCCGAUGAGAAAGAAGCUGUCAGGAGCUUGAUUGGUAGUCAAGGAAUACCCGAGACUGAGUGGCAGAUCGGAAAGACUAAAGUUUUUCUGAGAAGCUACGUGCACGAGCCCCUCGAAGACUCGAGAAAUCAGAUGGUCACCAGUAAUGCUAUAAUGAUUCAGAAGAUAUGGAGAGGCUACGUUGAUCGAAAAGAGUACAAACGCAUAAGAGACGCUGCACUGAAAGUACAACAUGCUUAUCGAGGCUGGAAGCUGAGGAUAAUGUUUAUUAGAAAACGAAGAGCAGCCAUUGUCAUUCAGAGCCAUCUACGCGGCGUGUUUGCGAGAGAAGUUGCAGCGGCACUCAGAGAGAUGAGGCGUGUAGAUGAAGAAAUGAGAAAGAGAGAGAGGCUGGAGGAAGAAAGGAGGCUGAUGGAGGACAAGAGAGCUCUGGAGGAAAGUCAAAGCGCACAGUACAAUGGUAUUGUCGGAAUGGAAGCCGGGAAGGCACAAGAAGAAAUCGCCGCGUUGUCGCAAAUGGCUGAGCAGAUGAACUCGAAGAUGGCUGCUUCAGAUUUACAAUCCGUAGAUCUGGAUAAUCUAUUCUCAUUUCUCUCAGACGUGCAAUCGACAAAGGGUAAUCAAAUCAUCGAGGAAAUUGGUGAACAAAUGGACGAACUGGUAGAAGACCUCGAUGUAGAACUGGAGACUGUGAUUCAACAAGAAAUGGAGAUGAACGCAAAAUCAGAAUCCAAAGCUAACACUCCAAAUGGGCAAGAAGCUACUUCGCCUUCGCAACAACAGCCACAGCAAAGGAUACCCUGCACCAAUUCUGGCAAACUUGGCCAGCCGAGUCUUCCAGAACCUACGGAACCUCCGCCACCCCCGCCACCAGUGCCAUCUUUAGCGUUAAACGGAGAUUCUUCCACCGACAACGGAGAACCAAUUUACGAGUCUGUUUUACCACGCGACGAGAACAGUCCCAGCAGUCCAAUUGUCGUAAACGGAAAUUCUGUGCCACUAGUCAACGGUGAAUCUUGCGGAUCUCCUCCUCCAGUACCGAGCAGCAAAGUUAUCAAAGAACCGAUCGCUGGUAGUCCUCCUUCUAGGCCAGAAUCUCGGAAUUCCAAUAGUCAUCAUUUGCACAAUCAUCAACCGGUGCCUCAGCAGCAACAGAAUGGCCAUGAUCAACAGCAGCAGCAGCAACAACAGUCGCAGCAAUCUCAACAACCCCCGGUCGAACGGGAACAAAGACGUAAAUGUAGGGUGGAACGUAAACUUCAAGAACUUGAAGACAAGAAGGAGCCUGAUAACGAAGUUACCUACCAUGACAUCGUGGAAUUUGCACAGAACUAUUUCAACAGUCACGAAAGGUCUCCCGAGGGAACUAUAAUGGCUACGCUUACCAGAAAAUCGCGUGGCAAGAGCGUGGAAUAUAUCCCGAAAUACGAGAUGGUUACAUACUACAAAGGAUCCACUAUACCGAACUCUCACAUUCACAUGUACGACCCUGAUAAUGUCAAUGUGGCUUGUUCAGUGUUUAGGGAUCUGUGUAAGUACAUUAGGGGAGAAAUGAAAUUGGACCAAGAGAUCGCAACGAUUCAGAGCAUAAUCGGUUACGGUAUCGAGCGAGAAGAACUGAGAGACGAAAUUUUCGUUCAGUGCAUGCGUCAAGCGACUAAUAAUCCCAACGCUGAAUGGGCAGAACGCGUCUGGCUGUUGCUUUGUCUGGCUAUCGUUGCUUUCCAACCGAGCAAACUAUUGUACAAGUACUUUGUAUCUUUUCUGCGAAAGAAUUUGGCUCUGGAAGGAAAAUUAAGGCAAUACGUUCAGUGGUGUGUAGACAAUUGUAAGAAUACGAAAGUCUCGUGCAGACAACACCCGCCGUCAACGGUAGAAAUCGCUGCUAUGAGACGGUUGGGUACCAUAGUGUGUCGAUUCUUCUUCCUGGAUGGAAGAACGAAGGCAAUCGACGUGCACCCGACUGAUACUGCGGCUGAUGCAGUUGCUAAAUUAGGUGAAAAAUUGGGUCUCCGUUCCUUGGAGGGUUGGGCAAUUUACCAAAGUAGGCCAGAUGGUGAAGAACAUGUGCGGGCUCAUGAUUACCUGUACGAUGUUAUAGCUGCUUGGGAAAUGAAACAAUGUAAGUUGAAUACGGCACAGUCAACCUUCUCAACGUUGAGACGUGGAAAUAAUGCUACUUUAGGAAGCGGUGAUAAUCGAUUCGUAUUUAAACGAAGGUUAUUCAGAAACACUAGAGAAAUAUCUCAAGAUCCUGUGGAAGUGAAUAUGCUGUAUGCUCAAGCUGUGUAUAAUGUCGUUAAGUGCGAUGACUUCCCAGUAUCUGAAAAGGUUGCGCUCCAGUUGGCAGGCUUGCAAGCCCAGGUGGCCCUGGGCGAUCCAAAAGACAACGAUAGACUUGAUUAUUACAGCGAAGUGGACAGUUUUUUGCCUUAUCGAAUAAGCCGUGCUCGCGGCGACGACGUUUGGGUGCCAAUAAUAGCCCAGGCUCACAGACAGUAUGGCGCCGGUCGCAAAGAACUAGCUGCCAAGGUGUUGUAUUUAUCUUGCGUUAUGCAAUACCCACUCUACGGUACCACGAUGUUCAAUGUCACUUAUCGAGGCUAUUGGUCCUACGGUAAUCAACUAAUCUUGGGUAUCAAUUGCGAUGGAUUGAUGUUGAUUAAACCGGACGAUAAGUUCGUCUUAUCAGAGUAUCGUUACCAAGACGUGGAGAGCAUUAUGCUGGAUCCAAGUGAUUCCUUUAUCACGCUGUCUCUUCUUCGACACAAUCCUGACAGCUCACACAAGUGCUUCGUGUUCGAGACGACGCAGAAGAACGAGAUAGGUAGUCUGAUCGUGAGCUACUGUCCAGCGUUGGCUGGUUGGAUCACGGAGAACGAGGUUCCUACUAAAAAGCUCAAAUGUAUCACAAACGAAGAUCGCAUUAGGCUCUAUCAUAACCUAGUUAAUUGUCGAAGAACGCUCGUCGACGCGGAAAUACUGAGGAAGCCACAAGACUCCGGCGGUGGUUUCCUCAGAAACACACUUAGGAGACUGUCGAAACACAGGAUAGAGAAACUGAGACAGGAACACGGUAGCGCCACGGAUCACGGCGAAACUUACAAGGGAUUCCCCUACGCGUAUUGGGCCUUCAGCAGACAGGCGAUACCUCAAAGUCUGUCGAAACUGCCUGACCCAGACGAGCAGAUAGCCCUCAGCGUUUUCCAACUGAUUCUGACAUACGCUGGUCUGGGUCAAAACGGUGAUACGGUUCGCAGAGUCGAGGACGAACACGUGAACCUGAUACAAACCGUGAUGGAACGCUGUAUAAGAAAAGAGAAUUUGCUAGGCGAAUUAUACCUGCAGUUGAUCAAACAAACCACGGAUCAUCCUGAUCCGAACAGCCGUGUGAAUCUCAGGCAUUGGGCGUUACUUUCUUUGGCUUGUUCCGUAAUUCUACCGCCGCAGAAAGUUAUUCGUAAAUACUUGAUCGCGCAUCUGAAACGUUGCGCUAGCGAUUACGUGACCGAAGAGGGGAAGUAUGCCCGAUUCGCUGAAAAGUGCCUUUACAAAACACAGGGCACGAGAAGAAGACAAUGGCCACCGAGCAGAGAAGAGAUAAUGUGCACGAUUAAUCGCAGGCCUAUUUACGCGAGAUUCCAUUUCAUGGACGGACAGUAUCACGCCGUUGAGUUCCAUCCAUCGGCUACAGCUAGGGAUGUCAUGGAAAUUAUUAAAGUUAAAAUCGGUCUCGAAGAAACUGCCAUGGGUUAUGCUAUCUACGAAGUAUUAGGACCAACGGAACGAGCUCUGAUACCAGAAGAGAAAAUCGCUGACGUAAUGUCGAAAUGGGAGCGUUACAGGACAGCUAACGCACAACAAAACCAAUCGCAAAGAAAGCACGCACAUCACUUUUUCUUAUUUAAGAAACAUUUGUUCCUCGAUCAGUACAUGAAUCUCGAAGACCCAGUUGAGAAAGAGUUACUGUAUCAUCAAGUAUUGCACGAUUUACGUGCUGAUCGUUUUCCGAUCACCGAAAAAGAAGCUAUGAUGCUGACGGCAUUGCAAGCUCAGUUAGAACUCGGUGAUUGCCAAGACACAGUGACGGACCACGAUUACCGCACUAUAUCGAAUCACUGCCUACCUACAAGACUGGUCCCGAAUUUAUGUAUAGAAGGUGUUCUCCAACACCAUCAGUCUGUACGAGGAAUGACACCGCCAGAAGCGAAGAAGGCUUUCUUGAAUUUAAUUCAAUCGUGGCCACUGCAUAGAGCCACGAUAUUCGACGUGAUGCAGUCGUUCACCUCGAACUGGCCACGCGUUCUGUGGCUGGCCGUCGAUCAGCAAGGUCUUCAUCUUCUGGAGCAUCGUUCCAGAAACACUCUCUGUACCUAUGAAUAUAGCAGUAUUCUCAGUUAUAGUCCAGCUGUUAGUUGUUUGAUGAUUAUCACUGGUACUGAUAAGAAGCAGAGUAAAGUCAUUCUUACAACAUCUCAGGCACACCAAAUAGCGAAUUUAAUUCGCGAGUACAUGGAUGUUCUUCAGUCACCACCAGAAGUACCAAAGAGAGACUCCGCGAUAGCUCAACAAAUAGCGCAACAACAGAUUCAACCGCCCACGAAUCUCCAAACAGCUGCCGGUGGUCGUAAAUCUCGACCUGCUUCGGUGUUACACAGAGGUGCUCCAGUGAUACAAUCGCAAGCUAGUUAAAAGAUUAGGUAACUUAUUAGGUAUAUUUCUCCCCAACCUGAUACGUGAUUUCUUCUUGUAUGUAACUUCCUUCUCCCCUGCAUUAAACGUACACUUGCCUUUGUCUUAAAUAUACCUUAACUUUUUGUAUUUUUAUAAUAUUUAUUUACUCGUUUAAUAGUAGCGAAAUAAGUUGUAUGUUUCAUACUUGAUACGGUGUUAGUCGUCUAGUUAGCGUUUUUUUAAAUCGUUCAGUAUCAGGUUGCGGUGAAAAAAUGUAUCCAGUUAUUAAUGCUUUAGCGGCAGGGCCUAUCAGCGACAACCGUCGCGAGGCAUUAGCCUAAUUUCUUUCUUCCAGUAUUUAUUCGAUUAGCUUAGGGCUCGAGAGACGUCGAAAGAAAUAGCUACCGCCGCGGAGAGAAAGUGUAUAUUAUCGUACGGACCGACAAAUAACUGCCAUUACAAUUUUAAUGCUGGAAAGUUGUGGAAAACUUCGAUUUCCAUUUUGUCCGUCAUUGUUGUUGCCUUUUUUACGAGCGAUCAUCAGUGUGUUUUAUACAAUUUUUGCAGGAUAUACAAUAGUAAUUGUAACACGCAAUAAUCGUUGAAUCAUUCAGUGAAUAUCGUUAUAGUACGCUCGCUUGCAAUUUAAUCGUCUCUUAGUUCAAGCUUUCAAUUUUACAAUACAAUUUUUAAUAUUUACAAUUUUUAAAAGCUUCAAAUCUUUAAACUCUGAAAUU